CAUUCGUGAAUGGUUUACUAACUGAUAACGUUGUGUUAUUUUGUCUGAAAGAAAUUUAGUUGCGUGAAAAAUAGCAAUGUUAAAAUUAGCAAAUGUCUUUUUGUUCUGUUUGGCACAAAGUGCAUUUUUAGCAUCAACAUAUGUAACUGCAGUGGAACCACAAUGUUCAUGUAGCGAUUAAUCAAUCGUUGAGAGAAUAACUUUGAUUGAGCUAGAGGCAUUGAAGUUUAAACAAGCGAUGGAACAAGAAAUCGCAGCAUUGAAGCAAAUCAACAACCAGUUUCAGACUAAACUGAGAGCUAUGAGUAAAACUGCUGGUGAUACAUACGCUCGAUGGGGUAGAACGACUUGCCCAGGAAAUGGAACAUCCCGCCUAUACACCGGUUACAUGGCUGGAUCACACAGAAGCCACAGAGGCACAGGUUCAAAUUACCUCUGUCUAACAAAUGAACCAUUGUGGGACCACUUCGAGGAAUCAGUGGAGAGCCUUGGUAAGAUCACUGGGACAGAGUAUCGGUUUAAUGAACACCGAUCGAACGGGGCAGCGGACUUUCUCGGUGAUUACAUGUACAAUCAAAAAGUUCCUUGCGCCGUCUGCCACACAGAGAGAAGCGUCUCCGUGAUGAUUCCAGGAAGAAACAGAUGUUACGACGGAUGGACGAUGGAAUACAGAGGUUAUCUUGUGUCAGGUUACACAGGGGAUACGAGCUCAACUGAAUAUAUCUGUCUUGAUCGGCGUCCAGAAAAACUCCCUGACGGCACAACAACGGGCACUGACAAUAGACUUUACUUUGUAGAAGGAAUCUGCGGAAAAUCUUUAACUUGUCCACCAUACGUCAGUGGCUUGGAAAUCACUUGUGUUGUAUGUUCAAUAUAAACAUAAUACUUCUCGUAUAUCUACCGGCUUUUAAAAACUAUUCAAUGUGUUCAAUUUACAAAUGUUUAAUUGACAUCUAGGUCGUGAUAACUUCUUAGUAUUCGAGAACUUCUGUUUCAAAACAUUCAUUCCAUAUUGAUGUAGUCUGUCGUCAAACAACUGAACCACGCUUAGUUAACAUUUUCUUCUUCAGUACAUACAUUAGUUUGCAACGGACAUCUUGCUAAGAUAAUAGUUAAUAAACAGUCUUUUCUGUGUAUGAACAUUCAAUUCUAAUUAA